UGCCUGCUCUCUCCCCCAUCCUAUUACCAGCACAAUCCACCAGCCACUCUUUGUCUCUAGUCAGGAAAGAAGGCAGAGAGCCAAGAGUUUGCCUGAAGAAAGCUGAAUUUUUUUAGAAGAAGGGUACGCAAGCCCUCAGAAAGAGCGGUGGAAGAAGGCCUGGACUGUUUCCACUGUCAUAUUUUCUGUUAUCAACUCCUGACCCAUUUUCUUAUUUCUCACUCUACUAGACCAGAGCUCUCUUAAACCUACUGGAGCUGCAUGAAGAGCCACCGUUUCUUUUUGGAAAGGACUUAAGUUACUAGUAUAGACCAUGCAGACCACCUGGAUCCUGCUGCUUGCCUCUCUGGGUCUCUCUACCAUGGCCGGCACUGAGAAAGGCCUAGAAUUCCCCCAUUAUGAUGGCAAAGAUCGUGUCCUGGACAUAAAUGAGAAGAACUACCGCAAAGCCCUGAAGAAAUACGACAUGCUGUGCCUGUUCUACCAUGCUCCACCACCAACAGCAAAAGAGCUGCAGAAACAGUUACAAAUGACUGAAUUAGUGCUGGAGUUAGCUGCUCAAGUAUUAGAGGAAAAGGAUAUUGGCUUUGGAAUCGUUGACUCCCAAAAAGAUGCUAAGGUUGCCAAGAAACUAGGUUUGCAUGAGGAAGGCAGCAUCUAUGUCUUUAAGGAGGACCGUGUGAUUGAAUUUGAUGGCCUGCUCGCUGCAGACACUCUUGUGGAAUUCCUUCUGGAUCUGAUGGAAGAUCCGGUUGAGAUAAUUGACAAUGCUCAUGAAUUGCGAGCGUUUGACCGUAUGGAAGAAGACAUCAAACUCAUUGGUUUCUUCAAAAGUCGUGACUCUGAACAUUAUCUUGCAUUCCAGGAGGCAGCUGAACAGUUUCAGCCUUUUAUCAAAUUUUUUGCCACCUUUGAGAAAUCUGUUGCAAAAGAGCUGACUCUGAAGAUGAAUGAGGUGGAUUUCUAUGAGCCCUUCAUGGAGGAACCAGUCACCAUUCCAGACAAACCAAACUCAGAAGAAGAGCUGGUGGCCUUCAUAACCGAACACAGACGACCAACUCUAAGAAAGCUCAGGGCAGAAGACAUGUUUGAGACCUGGGAGGAUGAUUUGAAUGGAAUUCACAUUGUAGCCUUUGCAGAAGAGGAGGACCCUGAUGGUUUUGAAUUCUUGGAGAUUUUGAAGGAGGUGGCCAGAGACAACACACACAAUCCAGACUUGAGUAUUGUGUGGAUCGACCCAGACAACUUCCCACUGCUCAUUCCUUACUGGGAGAAGACCUUCAAGGUUGACCUCUUCAGACCACAGAUUGGUGUAGUUAAUGUUACAGAUGCGGACAGUGUCUGGUUGAAGAUCCCUGAUAAUGAUGAGUUGCCAUCAGCCGAAGAGCUGGAAAACUGGAUAGAAGAUGUGCUCUCUGGAGCAGUGAAUACAGAGGAUGAUGAUGAUGAUGAUGAUAGUGAUGAUGAUGAUGACGACGAUGAUGAUGACGAUGAUCAUGAUGAUGACGACAAUGAAGAGGAAGACGACCAUGGUGGUGAUGACGAUGACGAUGACGACGACGACGAUGAUGAUGAUGAUGAUGAAUGAUUCAUAAACUGUGAAAUUCAAACAAAUUUGUCUUUUACAGCAAAAUCAUUUUGUACAUUUUGUACAUCAGUGGAUAAACUGCAGUGUUCUUAUAUCACAUUGAAACGAUACACGUCAACAUUUCUCUUAUUUAUAUGGAUGAAAAUCAUUUAUUUGAAUCCCCUCUAAACUGGAAACUGAUAAAGGGAUUCAAAUUAAACACUGUGGUGUCAUUUUUUCACAGCAUUAUAUAUUACUCGCCUGUACAUUUUUUAAUGUAAUCAAUCACACAAGACAAUAAAACUGGGGAAGGAAAUCAUGUUCCUAUUUAACCAUG